AUGAUAACUAUGGGAUUAUGGCGAAGAAAUGUUGGAGAGUAUCCAUUAUUUUUUAGAAUAUCCAGUGAAGUAGGAAAAAGAAAAAUCUCUCUGAAUUCAGAACUACGGGCAAGUUUGGAUAGGAUUCCAGAUGUUGGUGUUGUAGUUAUCGGCGGCGGACAUGCAGGGUGUGAGGCAUCUACAGCAGCAGCUCGAGCAGGAGCACCGACUAUUCUUGUGACACCAUUUGUUGAUAAAGUUGGUACAUGCUCUUGCAAUCCUUCUAUGGGAGGCGUUGGAAAGGGAACUUUACUUCGAGAGGUUGAUGCACUAGAUGGGGUUGCAGCAAAGAUAACUGAUCUAGCAGGUAUUCAGUUCAAAAUGUUGAAUAAAAGCAGAGGAGCUGCUGUUUGGGGACCAAGAGCGCAGAUUGAUAGGAAGAUUUAUAUGAAGGAGAUGCAAGAGGUGCUGAAUAACUACCCUAACUUAUCUCUAUUGGAGGGGAAGGUGAAGGACUUGAUAAUUGAUAACCAAGAAGGCGAUGCUAAAGAUGUUUCAUCAAUAAAGGGUGUUAUAUUAGAAGAUGGCCAAGUUCUGAAAUCUUCAAAGGUUAUAAUUACCACUGGAACGUUCCUAGGCGGUGAAAUUCAUAUAGGUUUGAAGAGCUUCCCAGCUGGAAGAAUAGGCGAAAAACCAACAUAUGGUAUUAGUGAUACGUUAAAACGAGCAAAUUUCAAACUGGGUAGACUGAAAACGGGCACACCUGCUAGGAUCGAUGGCAAAACUAUAGAAUUUUCAAAUUUAGAAAAACAAUAUGGCGAUGUACCCCCACAUCCGAUGAGUUACCUUAAUGAAGACGUUGCGAUUAAAGAGCAGAGACUUUGUUAUGGUACUUUUACUACUAAUGAAGUUCAUGAAUAUAUAAAAGCAAACUUGAAUCAUUCAAUUCACAUUAAAGAGACUGUAAAGGGACCACGCUACUGCCCGUCCAUUGAAGCCAAAGUAUUAAGGUUCGCUGAUAAAAAUUCUCAUAGGAUUUGGCUUGAACCAGAGGGACUAGAUACUGAUGUAAUUUAUCCAAAUGGUAUUUCAAAUUCGAUGCCAGAGGAUGUUCAACUAGUCAUGAUGCGGAUGAUUCCAGGAAUGGAGAACGUGAGGAUCUUGCAACCAGCUUAUGGUGUUGAAUACGAUUAUAUUGAUCCAAGAGAACUUAAACAAACGUUGGAAACAAAACGUAUUAGUGGUUUAUAUCUGGCUGGGCAGAUAAAUGGUACUACUGGGUAUGAGGAAGCUUGUGCCCAAGGUGUUAUUGCUGGAAUUAACGCAGGGCUUGCGUUUUUGCAGAAGCCUCCUCUAAAGAUAAGUCGCUCGGAUGCGUAUAUCGGUGUUAUGAUUGAUGACUUAAUUACCAAAGGUGUCCAAGAGCCUUAUAGAAUGUUCACAUCUAGAUCUGAAUUCCGUAUUACUGUAAGGGCAGAUAAUGCAGAUUUUAGGUUGACGGAAAUUGGCCGUAAAUCUGGCGUAGUUGGGGAUCUAAGAUGGCAAAAAUACCUUUCAGAUAAAGCUAUUUAUACUGAAGUCGAAGCCAAACUGAAGUCAUAUUACUCUAGUAGUCAGAAGUGGGAUAAAAUUAUUGAUUCCAAGGUUGGUGCAACUCACGUGAAUUAUAGUGCAUGGAAUAUGUUCAAAUUUAAUUGCGUCACUCUAGCACGGUUAGCAGAGGUAGUUCCAGCCCUUAACAUAGAUAUAAACGCAAUACCGAGACAUGUUCAGUUAAAGAUAGAUGUUGAAGCCAAAUAUUCGCCAUAUCUCAGAAAACAACAACAGUUUAUAAAAGCUUUCCAAGCAGAUGAGAAUGUAUUGCUACCCAUAAAUCUUGAUUUUAAUUUAAUUCCAUCUUUGAGUACUGAAUGCAAGUUGCUGUUGAAUACCGUCAGACCAGAAACUAUUGGCCAGGCUAGGAGGAUCCAGGGCAUUACACCUGCAUCAUUGUUCGAACUGUACAAAGUGUCUAGGUCCAAGAAACGUGAGUCCAGGGGGCCGUAG